AUGCACAAAAUUCGCCACUCCAGUUUUAACUCCACGGACAACUCUUCCCAAUUCUUCAUUACUCUUUUUGUCCACUAUCAACACUGCAUUCGGCAAUCCCAUUGUCCAGCUCUUGGCUCUUUCAAACUCACUCAGUACAUCACCGUCUCCGGUGCUACCACAAAUGAGUUGCUUCCAAAGCUGCCAUCCAGUGGUUUCCUGCCUUCCGUAAGAACGUAA